AUGAUUCCUCUCAAAGACACUCUCUUCCCAUACACAUUCCCUUUCAAAAUGUAUUUGGGUGCCGCCCACAUCAUCAGCCGCCGUCGUCGCCGUUCCCCCACUGGUCAGACAAAGGAGGCCGAGAGGCUACGAGCUACGAGCCGCGUGUGGCCAAGUGACUUCUACACAUUGUCGCAGUUAGACGAAGACGCCUCAGGCAAGAGAGGAAAACUGCUGCGUGGAUUGCGACAUCGCAACGCAUUGUCAACGAGCCGAGAGGAAUUCGUGUCUCGUUUACGUCUGUCGUGA